UCUUGUUCUACUGGGUCGCAUCGCAAUCAUACGAUUUAUUGUUUAAUAAUCAAAAUUCCCCAAAAGUCGUAUUUACAAUCUCUUAUUUUUUCUAUAUAUACGACUUCUUCCGCCUUCUAUUUCAUCACAGAAGGGGUUUAAUUCGUUUUUGAAGCUGUCAAUCGUUCGUAAAAGCGUUUGGACAAUCAAUUCGAUUUUGGAUUAUCUCAUCUGGGCCAAUAUUUUUUCAAUCUUGAAAGGAAGAAGAAGCAUUUCCAAUCUUUUCUGAUGGCCGUGAAGAUMAAUGGAUUCAUUGAAGGCACACAACCCGAAGAACUGCUGAAGUUACUGCUGUCACUUGCUUCAAACUGGGGUGAUGUUUUCGACACAAACAAAUUGAAAGUCGUUCAUCUAAGUGGUGCCAUGACUAAUGUGGUUUACCGAAUCACUUGGCCACGGAACACCACUGGAAAUGAUGAACGGACAGUGUUAGUUCGGAUUUAUGGGGAAGGCUCUGACAUUUUCUUUGAUCGGGAAGAAGAAAUCCGGACUUUCGAAUCCAUUUCGACCCAUGGGCAUGGCCCUCGCCUUCUCAGCCAGUUUCCUCAAGGCCGGGUGGAGGAGUUCAUUCAUGCUAAGACAUUAUCAGCUUGUGAUCUUCGUGAUCCUGAGAUAUCUACACUAAUUGCUGCCAAAAUGAGGGAAUUUCAUAACCUCAAUAUGCCUGGCWCCAGGAAUGUGUUGUUAUGGCCAAGAAUGAGAAAGUGGUUGAUCAAGGCUAGGAGCUUGUGCUCCCYAGAAAMGGCGAAAGAGUUUCAACUCGAUAUCUUAGAAAAUGAAAUUGAUAUAUUGGAAAAGGAGUUGUCACAAGGCCAACACGAUGUUGCUUUUUGUCACAACGAUUUACAAUAUGGCAAUAUUAUGAUUGAUGAGAACAMAAGAUCCAUCACCCUAAUUGAUUAUGAGUAUGCCAGCUACAAUCCGGUGCCUUACGAUCUUGCAAACCACUUCUGUGAAUGGGCAGCAAAUUAUCACACGGAUACACCUCAUGUUUUGGACUAUAACAUGUACCCAGAUUUGGAGGAGCGACGAAGAUUUGUGCAGUCAUAUCUUAGCUCAACAGGAAAUGAAGUGCAGGAUGGUGAAGUAGAUGAGCUUAUUGAUGAUGUUGAAAAAUACAGUCUUGCAAAUCAUCUUUUUUGGGGAUUAUGGGGAAUAAUCUCGGGUUAUGUGAAUCAUAUUGAUUUUGAUUACAUAGAGUAUGCAAGGCAGAGGUUUAGGCAGUAUUGGUUGAGGAAGCCCCAACUCCUAACAGGAAUCAGCAGUGAUGAUAGUCUUGCUACAUGAAUGAAUUCAAGUUGUUAUAGUUGAAGAAUGUAUAAGAAGAAAGAUGAAUAAUAAUAAUAAUAAUAAUAUAGAUAGAAUGCAGAGUCUUUGUAACUGUCUUUAUUCUUAAAUUCUAAAUCCUAGUUUCAUAGUAUAAGAAAUGACUUUGCCAGUUGUGUGUGUGUAUAUAUAUAUAUAUAAGUACUCGUACAAUGCAAC